AAUGUCAACCAAUUCAUUGAUGUCUCCCUCUUCAAGCACAGAGGCGUCCUGAUCUAUCUUGUAGGGAAUGUGCUCAUGUUUAUUGGAUUUUUUUUGCUCCAGUUGUCUUCCUGGCACCAUAUGCCAAGCAUCAGGGGAUAGAUGAGUACUCUGCAGCAUUCCUGCUCUCCAUAUUCGCUCUAGUAGACAUGUUUGCAUGUCCAGGAACGGGUUUGAUCGCCAACACUAGAUGGAUCAGACCCAAGAUCCAGUAUUUCUUCAGCUUCGCUGUGACAUAUAAUGGCCUGUGCCAUAUGAUGUGUCCGCUCUUACCAGGUUACAGUGGCCUGGUGGUGUUUUUUGGCCUGGCUUUUGGGAUGGUGUGUGCUCUUCUGUUUGAGAUGCUCAUGGAUUUGGUGGGAGCCCAGCGGUUCUCCAGUGCGGUUGGGCUUGCUACCAUUAUAGAGUGUGGGCCUGUCCUUCUGGGGCCACCCAUCUCUGGUUUUCUGGUGGACAUCUUCAUGGAAUAUAAAUACAUGUACUUUGCUCGUGGUAUGAUGAUGCUGGCUGGAGGUAUCUUCCUCUUCGUCAUGAACUAUUACAACUACAGAUGGUUGGAAAAGGAACAGAAACAGAGACAGGUGGAGGGGCUAGAGAUCGGCUGAGCCAAAGAGCUUGCUGCCAAUGAGGAGGACAAAGACAAAGACAAUGAAGAAGAGAUCAAACUCAGCACAGAGGAGGAAGUAGGAAACUCCUUUUUUUUUAUUUAUUGAAGAUAUAACAUUCA